CCGUGUUGUGAUGUGCUACACUUUACAUGCAGGGUCGACGGUAAUGGGAAGAGUCAAUAAUGAGCACACUUGCUUCAAAGGUUGACCCUACGGGCAACAACUCAUCGUCGCCGGCUUGCCUGGUCAACCAAGGACCCAGACUCAGUGUCAGAUAUCUCGUCCUCAUUCUUAUCUGUGCCGCUUCUGCAUCGCUAUUCAGCCUCAACUUCAGCACCAUACACACCACAGACUCAGCACCCGAAUGGCAGGACAACAUCUGGCCGUACCGCGAACAGGAACCCUGGGAUAUAUCCACCGACUUUCCAUACCCACGACUGCUCGAGUACGAUGUUGAGGAGGGGACCUGGUUGCGUUUGGAUGUGCAUCCUACGACGGGGGAUAUCGUCUUUGACAUGCUUGGAGACGUGUACUGUAUCCCUGGUGACGAGCAGGAUCGUCACAGUGUGGCGAGGGCCCGUCCUGUCCUACUUGGUGUUCCCUACGAUUCGGACCCCCAUUUUUCUCCAGAGGGCGACAGGAUUGUGUUUCGCAGUGAUGCAGGGUUAGGAGUAGAGAAUAUCUGGGUCAUGGCCUGGUGUGGGUGCCAUGAGAUGGACGUCAGGCCGACGGUAGCGUUGCCCCGUAUCCUCGACGAGCAAUCUAAUCGCCUGAAACGUGAGGGCAGGCUUGGAGCGAGGCGUGUAACGAAUGAGACAUUUCGCUGGGUUUCCGAUGCAAGAUUCCAUCCUUCGGGCAACAAGAUAAUCGCAUCCAAAUGGUAUACUUCAAAAAUCACUCUGUCUGCGUCGGAAGGGUGGGAGUACGAUGUCCCGUCGCUCUCAGACGAACCCCAGAAACCGAUCAGGCCGCAGAGUGGCCGUCGUAUCCUGGGCAGGACUCUUCCUGCUGGUAUGACAGUGGACGACUAUGAUAAUCAACAGAUAGGUCCUGAGCAAUUCCUUUGGAGGAGCAACGAUACUCUCAUUUACGCCAAAAACGUCCAAGACUCAUAUAUUAUUUCCGUAGGCAAAGACAUACAUAAGGGCGUUUACUCCAUUUUUUCACUCAAUGUGACCAGUGGAGAGGAGGAGACCCUUGUUGAUGCUUUUCCUGGUGGUGCCAGCCGACCCCAGCUAUCUCGGGAUGGACGAACCCUCGCAUUUGUACGACGAGUAAGAGACCAUGAAGUUCUUGUCCUGAAGGACCUUGACACCGGUACCAUUCACCACGUCUUCGACGGCCUAACGUAUGAUCUAAGCUCAGUUUGGGCACCAAUGGGAACAUAUCCUUCCUUUGCGUUUACUCCUACCGAUGACGCUAUUAUCAUCUGGGGAGCAGGUCAAAUACAUCGUGUUCCUUUGGCUAGCAACCGGUACGGGGAACGGGUCACUGGUGGAACUCCUUAUCCUAUCCGAUUCCGCGCUCAUGUCGAGAUGCAAAUGGCAGAAACUAUCAGAGGUGGCGUGGAUCUGCUUUCUUUAGAAACUCAGGAUAGCAUGAGGGUGCAUGCUUUCAAGGAGCUCCAUAUAGACGACUCUGGGGGACGAGCUGUUUUUCAAGCCGCUGGAGUGACCGUUGUCCAGCCUAUAGGAAGCAGGGAUGUGAUCUCAGUACCUGUUCUUCACGGCGACCACCCGUACUACUCGCCCUCUUUCGUUUCUGGUUCUAGCGAUCUAAUCGCCCACUGCCGUUGGUCAGACACUGGCUUUUCCUCAUUCGAAAUCGCUGAUUUGUCAUCGGGAAUCGCGUACGAAAUCGAAGAGGAUUGCCCUAGGACGAUACCUUGUUCCCGCUAUUUCGCCGGGUACGAGCAGACAUCGAAAGAUUGCAUUGUAAAGACUGCUGGAGAUCGUUGA